UCAACUGCCUAGGAGAGACCGAGAAAUUGAGAGGGUCAAAGAGAAGAGGGAGCUGGAGGAAGUAGACUCUGCCCUCCAGACAGGAAAGGCUCUACCUUCAUCUGAGUACCUUCUACCAGGCCCUGUGAUUACUGAAUCAGUUCAUUCUGGCCGUCUUCUCUGCUGCCUGUGCCAGAAAUGGGCCAAUUACAAAAACCUUGGGGAUCUCUAUGGACCUUACUACCCUCCUGAAUAUGCUACAAGGCUUCCCAAGAAUCAACCCCAGAUUCGACAGAGUCUUGUAACUACUGGAAUGAGUAGAAAUGUGCUAAAUCUAGACACCAUUUCAACCCAGGGCCCUCAACUGCAAGAUGUGCCAACUAUCAAGUCCUCAACUUAUAGUGAUUGCAUGUUCAGCCAAGCGACAAAUACAACUUCCCCUGCCACUGCUGUUGGCACUGCCUCUCCAGCAGGUGGAGGGGAGAUGCUUUAUCUGGCCAACAAACUUGCUAAAACCACCACCAACAAGACAACAAUUCUUAAUUGGGACAUGCCUCCAGAGUUAAAACCAAUUACUGAGCUAAGGAAACAACCUGAACCUCAGAAUGAGCCCACUUACAGUCAGCAAAACCAACCAUGCCAGCAACAGCAGACAGAAGACGCUCAACAAAGGCCACAACACAGAAAGCUGACAUCGCACCCGAGAUUUAAAAGGAGACAGAAAUCCAGUGAGGAUUCCCCAAGAAUGGUGCCAUCCAACAGCAAAGCCUCAUUGCCAUUCCAGCCUCCUCCCCCAACCUUAGACUCCCUUGGGCCUUUGGCACAGCUGGCCCAACUUCCUCAGAUGCCUAUGGACCCAGAGGAGCUGUGGGUGCAUGAGGCAUGCAUGGUCUGGGCCAGUGGGGUUUACCUGGUCAAUGGAAGACUGUAUGGCCUACAGGAGGCACUAGAUGGUGCCAGAGACACAGUCUGCUCAUAUUGUGAAAUGGUUGGCUCAACCCUCGGCUGUUACAGCAAAGGCUGCACAUUGAGAUAUCACUACCCGUGUGCCAUGGAUGCAGACUGCUCUCUGAAUGAAGAUAACUUUUCACUACGAUGUCCGAAGCACAAGGUAAAGAGGGAGAGUUUCCCCAGAGCAGUCAGCCAGCUAAGUCUGUGUACCUUGAGCAGUCUGAGAGAGGCUGAGAGAGACACUGAGGAGGAAGAGACGCAGGAGUAUAGGAUCGGUAUGCUUGGACGAUGAGGAUUGUCAGUGAAACAAACAGCCCUAAACAGGAUGGGACAUGCAUCUAUUGACAGAUGGACUAUGAUGACAGAGAAAAAAGAGGAUUGUAACAUUUCUGAACAGGAAUUAACUUUAAAACAUUUUAAGAAAAAUAAAAACUCCUUACUUUAAAAAGAAAAACCGAUCAAAGCAACGCUGAGGAAGACUAAAAAGGAAGACCAAGGUGGGACAGAAUGAGACAUUGCGAGUGACAGAACAGAAAGGAACUUCCUCUUAAAAGAAGACAAGAAACAAGCAGCCUCUCUAGGCAAACUUAGAAUUUCUGGAAAUACCCUCAAACUCUUCUUUCCAUCAUGGCUCUCGUCAUUUUAUCUAUCAUGUUUUUUGUCCAAAUGUUAUGAAUCAGAGUAUUGGGAGCAAUCCCUCCAGAGGACUGUAAGAGAGCGUUGGGGUGAAAAGUUGACAUUAUAGUUGGAAGGAAAGGAGCGGCAAUGUAUGUAGUAUUUUAUCAUAACCUUCAUAAUCAUUAUUUUAGUUAUCAUUAUUAUUUUGUAUCUGCAUCAGUAUUUACUGAAAUGGAUUUAUCUCCAUUUAUAUUUUGUCAACAUAUCAUUUAUCAAACAUUUGAUAUUUUAUCAUUCCUGGAGAGGGAGGUGCCAGAAUGACAUUAUUGCCUUGGAGAAUGGACAUUUGUUGCCUUUCAAAGUGUGUAUGUAUAAGAGUGAAUGUGUGUGAAAAUGUGGAUUUGAUUGUCCAUUUUUGGUCCUUUGAAAAGUGUUCUUAUUUUUCAUCCUUGGGGUUUUUACGGUACAGAUAGUAUUCAUGAAAAUUUAAUGGACAUUAUCUUAUUUUUCAAACAAAAUAUUCAUAAUGUGCUGAGAGAACAAUUGAACCCUGACAGGAGGAGAUCACAAUAUUCACUAAUGCAUGCCUGCCACGUUUGACCAUGUUGAUUGGGAGAAGAUGUCAAGUGACAGGUGAACCAAGUGUUGACGUUGUGGUGGACCUUGUUCAGUAUAUGGGUGGAGUUUUAUGUGAAAAGAAAGUCACAUUUGGCUGACAAAAAGCUAGCAAGCAUUACCAAAACCUUUUGGAAUCUAGAGGGUUUUUGGAAUGACUGGGACUGGGAGUCCUCACCUUUACUUCAUUUCUCAAUGACACUUAAGAUAUGGAUGAAGAGAUGCUAAAUGCAUCCAAAAGAAGCGUUGCCAUAAACUAAACAAGUGAGUUGUACGUGGUGUUGUCUUAUCAUUUUUUAUUAUUGUUCUUGUA